GUUUGUCCCUGGACUGUCCUCUCUUGCCUUGCCUGGUGCUUGGUGCCUGGUGUCCAGGGUCAUUUCCUUUCAUAAAGACCACUGCCAUCCUUGCAUUAGCAUUUUCAUUGCUGUUGGGGUAACAUUCAAGUGUGUGUGCGCUUGGUUGCUUGCUGACUUCGGGCCUUAUUAUGCAGGGACUUGGGAAGACAGAGAGAGGGGAGCAGGGCCGAGACAUCGACCUGACGUCGCUGAGAUCCACCAUGCCAGCCAGUGGCCCUCUGCAGGGAGGUGCAACCUCUAAUCUGAACAUGAACCUGUAUGCCACGAAGAAGACAGCAGCUGAGGGCAUGUUGGACAUCGCUCUGUUCCUGGCUAACAUCACACACAUGAAGACCGUCAUUGAGCAGGGAGCUGGAUACAGGUACUACGCUGCUGUCCUGACGCUCAUCUCCUUCUCCCUGGCUCUCCAGAUAGUGGCUGGAGUCCUGAUCAUUAUCAUUGGCCGUCGGGAUUUGAACAACUCCACCCUGCAGAGACGUCUGGAUUACCUGAACAACGUAACGACCAUCAUAGUCUUCAUCACCACAGUCCUCAACUUCUUCAUCAGUACCUUUGGCAUGAAGAGCAGUGGACACUUCCCAUGGCUCAUGAUGCGCAUUCACUGACUGGCUGAUGCACACACUUCAGCUGAUUAUUAUAACUUUAGACUUUACUACCAGACAGAUAUAACUUUUUGCUUUCAUUCUUGACUUUAAUGUUAUUGUCUAUCUUGUAACAGACCUGUACUGUCAUACAUCUUAUUGUAUCAUAGCUUAUUUUUUGACUACAUAAAUGCGUCUCUUAAAAAAGAUCCACUUUAAAUACAGUUUAUUCAAUUAUGGGUAACAAAUUUGCUUUUUAAAAGCUUUGUACAGUAUAUACUACACUGUAGACAUAUAUGGCAAAUGUAAUAUGAGCGGUAUAGCUCUACCAUACCGUCCUUUUCCAUACUUCCAUAAUGUAAUUUUGGCACUGGCAUCUAGGGUAUCCCCAAUGGAACAUGAGCCUCAUUGACAGUUCUUACUACAGCAGACAAAAUAAACUAAUUAAACACAAGCACUUUAAAAAAGUUUAAACUUUAAACUUUAAAAAAGAGCAUUAAAAGUACUUAUCCCAGUUUUGUUUUGAAUAUUUGGCAAUUUAUUAAGUCAUAUGGAGAAAGAGUAUUUUUUUUUUCUCCCAUCGUAGUAAAAGUCACUGGUCAAGUUCUAGACCAAACUGCCUGUCUACUAUAGUAUUACGAAUAUUAGUACUACAACAGUGUUAAUGGUGUGCUGAUGACUCCAUGUUUUGAAUACAUAAUUUACAGCAAUU